GACCGAUCGCUAGGCUCAGAAGUAAAAAGGUAUCGGGAUCCUCGGUUAAAUACAAACAAACAAGAUUUUUAUUUUAUAUCUUGAGGCUUCUUUUAAACAACAGGUGGUGGAGGAUUUGGAGGGGGGGUAGCAGAAGAACAUGGAGGCCGACAACACAGACGACAUAGAGUCGCUCAUGGAGGACAUGGACUAUCUCCCCGGACACUUCCACCUGAAGCUCAGUCUCAACUGUGAUCCUGUGGGGCCGGUGAGGCUGCGACACAGGGACACUUAUCUGAAGCAGGAGAGCCUGCGCGGAGAGUUGGAGGCUGAAGUUGGACAUCUGCAGUACGCGGUCAGGAAUCUCCUGGGUCUGCUGGCGUUUCACCUGGAGCAGCUGGACAUGGCCGAGGAGACAUUCAGAAGCAUCUGUAGAGAAGACCCUGGGAACCUCAACGCCUGGGCCAACCUGGGCUACGUGUACGACAAGCUGGGCAGAGAGCUGGACGCAGGGGAGUGUGUGGAGAAAGUGUCCCACCUCAUGGGGCUAGAUGCUGGAGAGGCCAGUCAGGAGGAGACCAGGGUACUGGCGGCCCGCUGCCUGGCGGAACAGGCCUACGUCCAUCCAUACGAUGUGGAGCUGGACAACGAGGAUGACCUGAGAGAGAGGCUGACCGCCGCACUGAGGCUGUACAACAAAGCCCUGGACUAUGGGGGACAACUGAUUCCAAAGGAGGAAAAACGAAGCUGGUAUUUUAAAAUGGCAACCAUCUAUAUAAGACUGGACGACAUAGUAAAGACCAAAGAGGACUCUGAAUACUCCAGACACUCUCAUUUCAAUAAAGGAAUGAAGCUUCUCCAAGAAACACUGAAAUCGGAGAAAACGCAACACAAAGCUCUGGCCUGGUGUUACAUCGGCAUCAUGCUGGAGAGGAAGGACGACUUCACCACCGUGCCAAUGUCGAUACACGACUGUGGAUACUCCGCCUCUGACCCUCUGUCCUGCUAUGGAACCGCAAUAAACAUGGCCAGUGAUGAUGCAUUCAUCCUGAACCUUCUGGCCAAGGUGUUUUUUCUGCUGGGCAAACACGAGAUGGCCACAGGGAUCAGCAACAUGGCCUUAAAUGUGCUGCCAGAUCCAGAGCUCAACUGGCAGGCUUACUGCACCCGCGCCAAGAUCAAUAUGAUGUUCUACAUCAGGGACUUAGAGAAGGCCAAGAGUGGUCAAGGUGGAAUCCCAGACCGACAGCUGCUGACCGAGGCCAGAAAGGACUUGGACAAGGUCCUGAGUGUACGUCCAUGUCUGCGGACUCAUCUCGAGAUGGCACAGGUAUACUACUACAUGGGUGUGGAUGCCCUCCAGGAGAGCCUUCUGGUGGACGAGGCAGCGGUGAAUUGUGCGUUGGUGAGUCUGUCGCACGCCCUACAGUUUGAGCUGGGCGACAGCCUUCCAGACCUGCAUGUGCUCAGAGGACGCUGCCUCCACCUGAAAGGCGAGGAUCAGAAUGCUGCCGACUGCUUCAAACAGGCCGUGGAGUUAGAGAGGCCAGGAAGCACCGACACCACAGCCCUGCGCUGCCUCCUGCAGGCCCUCCUGUCCGUGUUCAUGCAGGGAGGCCCCGAUCCUAGCACUGCCAUCGGCCAGCUGGAGAUGUGGGUGCAAAAGGCAGAGGAAAGGUACCCCAAUGACAUUGUGAAGGCCGAGCUGAGGUGCCUUUACAGGACUCAGACGGCAGAGGUCACAGAGUUAUCCAGGGCCCUGAUCCGAGCAGGACGACUGGAUCUAGUGAAGAGGCUGCUGGAGACAAUAGUUCCCAAACAACUGGCCAAGAAGAAAACAAUUACAAGAUCCUUCUCCUUCACAUGAGGACGGAUAAUAUGGGACUUUAAAUAUACUCUGGACUACUCUGAUUGGUUGGAAGGUCGGGGCCUGUUCAGAAACUUUGGAAUGGGAGAUCAAAGCGUCUGGGUCAGACUGGGUCAGGACCAGGUCUUUUUUUGAUAUUGUAGCAUAAACAAAGCUAUUUCACAAAAUGUGAUACUGCAAUAUUUAAAUGUUACAAACAACAUUUGUUUUUUUCUCACAGUAUUUCACUCAAACUGAGAAAUUGAUUGUAAGUUGAAAAUUCAAUCCCCCGAAACUAUGAAAUACAACUCAUGUAAUUUAAACUUCAUACUUUUUCUUUGAUUUACCACUGGAAAAUACAAUAAAGUAUAUUUAUAUCAAAAAAUGUUAACACACAGAUAUUACUGUCAUCCAUAAAGCCUUUUGGGGUAUUACACUCAUUAACAUUGUUUUACAACCAUUUGCUGUGUAUGAGAUUAUAUGGAAGUAUUGUGAAAAUUCUAAUCUGUUAUACUUCCACUACACGUUAUACUGGAAAUAUCUUGGUGAUGUUAUUCUCAACAAUAACUUUUGAUGCCACUUUUAUAUAAUUCAGGUUUUGCUUUUCUCAGGUUUAGUGGCCGACACGUGAUCCCACAACAGGUUAUAA